AUGUGUUAUCCACAGUUUGGCCAGAUCAAAAUAUUUGGCGUACUGCGUAGCUUAGACUGUCUAAAAUAUCGCUUGGAUCCAGAGGCUUAUGCCGAUGAAGCUCACACCAUAAGCGAACGAGAUGGAUCACUUCUGGUGGCGUCCACAAAGAAACACUACACCAACAAUCAGUACUGCGUAGAAAAAAUACGCAAUGCAACGUGGGCCGAUCAAAAGUUGUACACAUUUCUUUGCUUCGAUUCGAAAGUUGUGGGAAAUGAUCGGAUACGCUUUAGGUUGUACACCAUUGGCCUAUUGAUAUCGUGUUCAUUCUAUGCGGCAACCUUAGUGGUCUACUUAUCGAUUGCACGCCUCCGAAAUUUGCCGGGCAAAAUAUUAAUUUGCCUAGUCAGCAGCCUAUUUACAGCAUAUCUGGGGAUAGCUCUAGGCCAGCUGAUGCCAACUCCAAAUGAUACAGUUUGUUUUGCGUCUGGAUUCUUUAUAUAUUUUUGUCUGAUGGCUGCUUUUUCUUGGAUGAACGUCACCUGUUUUGAUAUCUGGCAGACUUUCGGAUCGGCAAAAAAGAAACACAACUUCAAAAGUAAUCAGAACAAGCGUUUCUUACUUUAUUCACUCUACGGAUGGGGUUUACCAACGGUGAUAACAGUUGUGACGGUGACUUUAACUAAAACAGAGGUUUUAAGCGAAAAUAUUCGACCCAAUUUCGGACAUGGCAGAUGUUGGUUCACAUAUGAUUCAGCUGGCUCCGCCAACCUAUUAUUUUUCUCCGGACCCGUUGGCAUACUCUUCCUGAUCAAUCUUAUACUUUUCAUUCUCACCCUGCGCUACUGUAAUCGGGUCAAACGAGAAAUAUUCCGAAUGCAAAGUUCAAAUGUGGAAAAACCAAUAAUGCGUCGGCGAUUCUUCGUGGACAAGGCCAGAUUUGCAAUGAAUACUAAACUAUUUGUCGUCAUGGGCAUAACGUGGUUCCUGGAGUUGCUGAGUAUAGUCUUUUAUGACCACAAAAAGCUUUUCUUUUGGGUGAUAAGUGAUUCGUUCAAUGUGCUAUUGGGCGUAUCGGUGUUCUUUAUAUUUGUGUUUAAAAAGCGUGUGUGGCACUCGGUUCUGGAGAGGAUUGGACUAAGACAAGUUGAUUCAUUAAAGAAUGGUCCCACCGGAACCAUGUCAACAUAUACCCAUAAUAAUAUAUCAAUGAAUCGCCUUAACGCCAUUGAUGGCAACGCCUCACUUUUGAGUCCGAAUGCAGCGCGACGUGUGCCAACAAUUUGAAUGUCUUGAAUGUCUCGCUACGCUUUUG